GUAGUCACUUGUCCUCCUCAGCAGAUAAUAUUCUAUGCUGAUGACCCAAGUUCACACAGACAAGUUUUACAAGUGUUUAACAAUUAUACAAUUCCUAUGCGAUUUCGCAUAACCUGUACCGAUUGCAUCAAAUAUACUGUUUCAUAUUCUGAAGGAUUGAUACGACCUCAUCAUAGCGUUAAUGUAGUUCUGCACCACAAGGCUGUUUGUCCCAAAAAUAUAGGAGUCUCUGACAAGGUGCGGGUUGAACUAUAUUCAGAUGAGCAGUGUCGUGCUGGUGGUAGAAAUGAUUUAAAAAUAACUCUUCUCGCAAGCAGACCUGUAGAGCAAACUCCUUUGCCUUUGCCAGAAAGUGAUAGGUUUCAUCCUCUUGAAGCAGAUGAUGUCUCCUCUGGCUCUUUGAAACAGCAUCCUAUGUCUCAUGACCGUACUAGAAACAACGUGAUUCUCAAAUUCGUAGGCCUUCUUUUUGCAUUUAUUGUUUUAUAUUUACCACUAGAAAUAGAGGAUUAUUUCCCAUCAUUCAUCCCCAAACCAUCAUCACACCAGAAAUGUUUUGCUUGCUAUCUUUUAGAUUUUCUGAACCUGGGUCUCCGAGACACAGGUUACGGAUAG